AUGGAAGAAACUACGGCUCAGGAGGAAGUUCACCAACUGCCCCCUGUCGAUUUUAUUGGCUAUCUUACUAACCUUGUAGAAACAGCACGGCUCUACUUAGAGGGGAUCCCGAACCCCGAAACGGACGAGAUAGUUAUAAACCUCCCGCUCGUGAAACAUAUUAUUGAUACUAUUGAGAUGCUUGAGGAAAAGACGAAGGGAAAUCUCACUGCCCCAGAAGCCAACUUCUUGACAAAUACCCUUUAUGAACUCAGAAUGGGCUACGUCCGUACCAUCAGUAGACAGGAAACUGCCGCACAGCAAGAAGGACAAACUGAAGAAACCGAGGAAGAGGUUUCCACUGAAAAUACUGAAAAUCCCUCUUAA